AAAAAAAAAAACAAAAAAUAUAAUUAAUAGAAAAUUAUUUAUAUACAUUUAUAUAUAUACAUAUAUAUAUAUUUUGAGUGCUAUAUAGGUUUGGCUUUUGGUCGACAUUAUGUUGGGCACGUUCAGUUCGGUCAAGCAAUAUCUCAAGUUCGAUAUAACGCGCGUUGUUAUCGAUAACAUUGUGUUUAAACUCCAUUAUCGCUGGACCUUCGUCUUGCUGCUGGUGGCAACCCUGUUGAUAACGUCACGUCAAUACAUCGGCGAGCAUAUACAGUGUAUAUCCGAUAAUGUGGUCGCCCCCGUUAUAAAUACCUUUUGCUUCUUUACGCCCACGUUCACAGUGGUGCGUCACAUGAACAAUUCGGCUCUGGACUCUGGCUCCAUUUUCCAGCCCGGCAUUGGGCCCUACAAUCGCAACGAGGACAAGAUCAAGCGACAUGCCUACUAUCAAUGGGUGCCCUUCGUGCUGUUCGCGCAGGCCCUUUGCUUUUACGCGCCGCAUGCGCUCUGGAAGUACUGGGAGGGCGGACGGAUCAAGGCGCUGGUCUACGGCCUGCGCAUGGUCGGCUUGACCAAAUAUCUAAAGAGCGACAGCCUGCGCAUUGGCAAGCUGAAUAUACCCUCGAUGACCGAGGUCGAGGAUCGUGUGAUCAACAUACGACGCACGAUGAUCGAUCGCAUGCGCUUGAAUCAGUCGUGGGGCGCACAUCUAGUGGCAACUGAAAUACUAAACUUGCUGAAUCUGUGCUGUCAGAUCUAUUGGACCAAUCGCUUUCUGGGUCGUCAGUUCCUAACACUAGGCAUUAAGGUGCUCAACGAGCGUUGGGUCGACAAAAUGGAUGCACUCGAUGUUGUCUUCCCCAAGGUCACCAAAUGUACCUUCUUCAAAUACGGUGCAGCCGGCUCACUGCAGGAGCACGAUACGCUCUGUGUGAUGGCCCUCAACAUCAUGAAUGAGAAGAUCUACACUAUACUCUGGUUCUGGUUUUCCUUUCUAUUGAUCGUUACCUUGCUGGGUCUUUUCUGGCGACUCCUAACGCUCUUCUUCUAUAAAAACGUCACCUUCACUCGACUGUCGCUGUAUUGGGCCAAGCCUGGCAAGAUGGAUGAGUCAGAUCUGAAAGCGGUUAUUGAGAAGUGUAACUUUUCCAACUGGAUGUUUCUGUUCUUCUUGCGGACCAACCUAUCGGAGUUUCUGUUCCAGAAGGUCAUCUACCAUUUGGCCAGCGAGUUUCCCAACGAUCCCGCCCACGACAACGACAUCAACGAUAACAUGGCACACGAGCGCGAGGCAGCCGGUGGCACCUCCGGCAAAUAUCCACCACUGGGUGGAUUGGAUGCUGUAGAUGCGCCUCUGUUGCAUCAUCGGGCGGCAGUCGCAACCGGCGCUCCACCGAUUCGGGUGCCACUAGAUGGCGCCACACUGCCUGUUUGAUGGCC